AAUUUUAUGUUGUUUUCUCUUUGAACCUCGUGCUAAAAAGAGAAGUUAUUUUUCUGUUGCGCUUGCAUAACCUGCAUAUACAAGUUACUAGUGCUGUCUGAUGUCUGCUAGAGCUGUCUGCUUGUAUUCUUCCUUGCACCCUGGGUUGAACUGGUUUUACCUUUAUGACAGCGAAAACAGCGUCAUAAGCAUUUGACCGACCUUUCCAAUAUGUUGCGAGUUCUUUUUCGACAGUAUCUUAAACCGUCUGAAAGUGUUUUUAUGAGCAAUGUACCUGUGAGGAACAAACAUAUAUCCCGCACCCCUGUGCCUGACACUUCGAAGCUGAUUCCUCUUUUGGACGAAACUCAACUAUUUGUGCCAGUUGUGCACCGGCGACAUGAAGUGCCGCUCCGGAAAGUGAAUGGACCUGGUCGCAAGCUUAGGUCAAGGCACUAUGUGUACGACCAAAUCGUUCCUGGGACGGUGCCCAUGCCCGACGUAGAGGUUAUUUUGGUUCAAGAUGUACCCGGGAAGGGGGUGAAAGGCACCAAACUCAACAUACCUGGUGACAAGGCUUACGCCGAGUUUCUUAUUCCUCAAUAUGCUGUUUAUGCCAGUCCCGAGAAUGAGCUCAAGUACGCAGCGGAAAUUAAGGAGGUUGCAAACAAUGCUCAGUUCAGCACCCUCUCCGCUCAGAAAACUGCUCUUUGCAUAUCACAGCAUACUGCAUUCUUCUUUAUGAAUAUGAAAAACCCAUGGACGAUUGAGAAGUGGCAUGCACGAGUCGCAUUUCGACAGGCAGGAAUAGUAGUGCCAGAAGAUUGCAUUGAACUUCCAAAACAACCAAUUUCUGGUCCUGAUCCUGACAAGCAAGGCAAGCAUUUCAUUGCUUACAUCACCAUCAACGGCAAAGAAAGAGCACCAAUUCUGUGCAGAAUUAAUCACUUUAUAAAUGAUGAAGAUCAGAAGAUAGCUGUGCCUCCUAGAUUUACCCCUCCAUUUGAUCCUGUAUUUGAAGAAGAUAGAGCUCAAGUCGAUGCAUUUAUUCACAACCGUAGUGAAAUUCAGCGUUUCAAUAUAUAGAACUGAACUGGUGUAGAAUAAAUGUUUUAUUUGAGUCACA